CGGCGCCGUGCCACCGCCGCCGCUCCCCCUGAUUUUGUCACGACGACAGAGCCUCAACUUCAACAAGAGAGAUCCCGCCCUCCGGCCAGUUCUCGUCCAGGGUAAAGAGAAGGAUUUCGAGAAAUAUGGGACUCGGUGGCGGCCUUCCGACCGUACGGAAAGCCGCCACCAUAUUUGUUCCACCAUGGUCUCCAUAUGUCGUCGCCGCCGCCGACGCAGGAAAAUCGGAGAAUGGCAGAGGACAGACUGAAUUGAAGUUGGCGAAUUUGUUAAGCCCCCACUCCACUAUUUGUUGGAGGCACUCCACCUAUCUCUUGGACAAAGUUCUUGGUUUACUCGAGAAAGUUCUACGGGGACAAAUUGAAUUUUAUGAAGGCGUGUGUGCCGUUGAAGAUUCCGUGGAUGAAAUUAUAAAGAAACUUCAGGCAUUCCGUCCAAUUGAAGGUCAACCAAAAUUUGAUUCUAAGAAACUCAUCGGGACUCCAGGAGAUUCAGCCCUUCCUGUACCUGUGCAAAACACAACUUUGCAGGACCAGGAAUUUAAAAAGGAAAUUUUUAUUGAUCCUGUUGGUGUUCCUGAAGAUGAUCUUAUGAUAGAUCCCAUAGAUGUUGUUCCUGUUGCCGUUGUUGAUGUUGUUGUUGAUGUUUCUGGUGACGAUGAACGAGACCACACUAUCCAAGCAAAAUAUUCAAGCGAUGGCAACAACCAAGUUGGAUGCAAUGAGUGCCCGUCGCUCCAGUACGGGGUUUAUCUCAGUGGCCAGUUUCCUGUCUUCUUUGGAGGUAGAGCUUGGCCGCCUGAAAAAGGAGAGAGGGCUGAGCUGGACAUCGAGCUUGCGGAGGCUAUCUCUCGUCAGAAAUCAGCCAAGCUCAUGAAGGAACAUGUCGUCACUAAGUUUGUUGAGUCCCCUGCGUUCAAGGAGGUGUUGAUGGAAAAUUUUCCCAAGUAUUUCAAAGAGUGGUCAAAGACCGAGGCCGGCUUGCAAAUGACUGCUGAUGACAGAGUUGAUAUCCCGAGGAUGCAUGAUCUGGAUUUGAACAAUGAGCUUGGCCCCAACCUUGACUGCAUGGACGAUGAGUCAUCCUCGUUUGACAAUCUUCCCCAAGUGAUUGACGUGCCUUUUCCUAACCUCGACACUCUUGCAACAGAAAGCGAAAACAACGGGAAAGGUUGUUUACACAAUGAAAAACGAAAAAGGGUGGUCGAUGUGUUACUGCAACAGUCCAAAAACGGCAAACUUCAGUACGGUGUCAUUAAGAAGGUAGCUGAGGAAUUCAGCUUUUCAGUGAAAACAGUCAGCAAGAUUUGGGCAGUAGCUACAAGUCAACUCGAGGGUGGUCUACCCGUUAAUGUUGAAUGCAAAAGGAAAGGGAAUAGUGGUAGAAAAAGGCUCCCUCUAGACAUGGAAAAAAUGGCAGCAGUGCCUUUUAAUAGGAGAAAGAACAUGCGUGCACUUGCCCAUGCUAUGGAUGUGUCAAAAUCCACAGUCCAUAGAUGGCUUAAUAGGAAACACAUCAGGAGGCAUUCAAAUGCCAUCAAGCCACUACUAUCUAAAAAAGGUAUGUUUAAUAGACUGAAGUUCUGUUUGGAUCAUGUAACUGCCCCCUCUGUCCCCAUUAGCCCAAAAUUCCAUGACUUUUAUGACCAUAUUCAUAUUGAUGAGAAAUGGUUUGACAUAACAAAACAAACCUCAACAUACUAUGCACUGCCAGAUGAGGCAGACCCAUACAGGACCAUCCAAAGCAAGAGUUUCAUACCAAAAAUAAUGUUUCUAGCUGGUGUUGGUAGGCCUAGGUAUGGGGAGGAUGGGGAGCUUCUAUGGGAUGGGAAAAUAGGCAUUUUCCCACUCACUUAUGAAGCUCCAGCUCAAAGGUCUAGUAAGAACAGGCCUGCAGGAACAAUGGAAGUAAAGCCCAUCCCAAUCAUAAAUAGAGAAGUGAUGAAGAUGAUGUUGCUUACUAAGUUACUGCCAGCCAUUAAAGAAAAAUGGCCAGGACCAUCAAGGAAUAUAAUAGUACAGCAAGAUAAUGCUAAGCCUCAUGUGGAUGGCAGUGACCCUGAUCUUAUAGAAGCUGCUCAAGAAGAUAAUUGGAACAUCCAACUGAAGUUCCAGCCACCCAACAGCCCGGACUUAAACGUACUUGAUCUUGGAUUCUUUAGGUUCAUUGACUCUCUGCAAGACCAAACAGCAGCUAGGUCCUUGACAAAGUUGAUUCAAGCUGUUACAACAGCUUAUGAAGAACUAUCACUAGAGAAACUUAAUAAUGUAUUUUUGACUCUUCAAGGGGUCAUGGGUGAGGUUCUAAGUCACAAAGGAGGUAACCAAUUCAAAAUCCCUCACAUUGGAAAAACAAGGUUGGCCAGAGAAGGGACACUGCCCCAAAACUUGGGGGUUACCAGACAGCCCCCUUCAUCCUCUGAGGGAAAAUGGCCUCCACCAAGGUACUUUUUCCGAUACCACCAUGUCGGAUCUGUAUCGGAUGUACCAGAUCCGCUGUCACCAGAGUCGUAUUUAGGGAUAACAGGUUUGAGAGAAUUUGGGGUAGGUAAACGAGAAAGCCUUUCUUCGUCACUAUCGCUUAAUAGCUUGAAGCUGGGCAUCGAAGAGUCACGAAUCACCAUUGGUGGUGAUUCAAUUUCUCAAGAAGAAGGGAAGAUAGAUCGGAACAGAGGAGGAGAGGAGAGGGGGUACAGUGCGGCGAUGGGGAAGUGGAAUGGGCAGGAGAGAGAAGGUGGGAUUAUUAGGGUAGGAUUGGGGUGGGUUGGGUAGUAUUUAGGUUAAAGGGCAUAAAUGUCCGGUUUUGGGAAAAAAGAACUUUAUUUAGGGACGGAGAAAAAACGAAAGUGGAACUUUAUUUAGGGACGGAGGGAGUAUAAAGAUUAAAGAGAGAUAAUAGGG